CACGUUCACACCUUCGAACUGUCGCUGGUGGUUCACAACGCCCGCCAUCCGUCCUUCCCCCCAUCGUUUGAUGUAACCUCUAUUGUCGGCUGACACAUCAACGCAGGAAAACACCCCAGCGACGCUCAGCGUAUCGUCGACCAGUCGACGGACAUCUAUGCAUCACUAUCUACCGCCUCGAUCGCUCCCUGGCUCAUGGGUCAGCUCCCAUGCGUGCUCACGGUGCCGCUCCUGUUUGGGCUUUGCGUAAAGAGCAAGACGGGAAACAAGGAUAGUACCGCAGUUCUGCGACUAAAUAUGCUGCCAUCGCUCUCACCACAGGGCGUUGCUUCGUGCAAGUCUCCCGACAGAUCCUUAUAGCAGUCCUGCGCCCGGCCCUUGCGGCGGAAUACUAGGUGGUCCAUCGUGCCCAAUCACCACGCGCAGUCUGCUUCUCGCUCCCACCUCGUCGUGAAGAUAUGCACGCAGAUCUUGAACAGCUGGGAGCAAGUCUGAGGCCGGUUAAGACCGCUCGACACCGCUCCCGUAUACGUUUGCGGAGCAUCAGGCAUCGGUGUCGCAUUUGUCUUCAUGCGAUCUUCUCGAUAAGGACUAUAAAGUCCUGCGUGGAGAACAAACCGUACCCUCUGACCUCCGGGCAUACGUCCCGAUCACCUCCGUUCGCUCCUAUAGGGUGGCGCGGAUCGUCUGCUCGGUGUACCCACAUCCUUCACGUCCAAGAAGGAGCAGCAAAAACGCCAAAUCCUCUUUGCAACCCCCAUCAUCUCACUCUACUUCGCCGUUAGCGACGGAGGGUGCGUAAAACACUACUGCGCAACACUUUUCGACGCUGUCCUGCUCGGCCGCAGCUUAAACAUCCACCACACGGGCUCAAGCUCGAGACGAAACACCAGUGGCCGGCGCUCAUCAGAGCGUAUGUGUAGGGGAAUUUGAAGGCGAAGCGGAAGUAGUUCGCUCUGGCUCUAAGAAAGGACAUUGUGAUUUAGCGGAGAGCUGACGGGUAGCCGGAGAACCAUUCGCUCUUGAACGAACUCUCAUCGUGAUGGCAUUUCUACUUUAGUAUUGGAUACAUCUUCAAUCUCAUAACAAAGCCAAUCCGACAAAUUCUCUGAGGUUGAACCGCCCUGGAUCGUGCCUUUCGUCACAACGCUGCUCACAAGCAAAUAACGACCUUGUCUCGAUUUCUAGAUGCAUUGAUCUCUCCUUCCCCAUGCUUCCCGUGAGAGACCGACACUGGACGAGUAGUGGCAUUUCAUACAGGCUCGCCAAGAUGUUAAUCCUUUCGCUACUGCCUACUGCCCCUCGGCCAUUCAUAACGUUUGAUCGCCUUCCAGUAAU